AAUGUAACCCGGGUUAAAUCAGGGGAGAGGGUUGAAAGAAAAAUUCAAUUCGUAUUGCAUCACAGAGGGUAGCAGCAGAGAAACUGUUGGAGCAUAAAAGCCUAACCACUGUAGUGACCAAAAUAAAACCAUCUCUGAUCCAGCCAAAAUAAUAAGAAAAGAUCAAAUCAGCGGCCAUGGGCAAACAGAAGGGUGAUGGCUCGCGCAGUAAAAAUCGUCCGUCGAACAGCAACUUUGCUGCUUCUCUCCUACAGUCCGGGGCCGCGAGUGUCGGGUUUGGAGGUUAUGUUGGAAGUUCUCGUAUUGAUACAACCUUAACCAAGGAGUCAAAUACUCUGCUGGAUGUUGAUGGUGAGGUUGCCCAGCAUUUGCGCAGGCUCAGUAAGAAGGACCCCGUUACAAAGAUUAAAGCAUUGACAUCAUUGAGUAGUCUUUUCAGACAGUGUUCUGCUAGUGAUCUCUGUCAAUUAGUACCACAGUGGGUGUUUGAAUAUAAAAGACUCGUACAGGAUAAUAACAGACAGGUCCGUCAGACAGCACAUGACGCAAUGGCCAAUCUUGCUAUUACUAUUGGGUUUGUGAGAAGUCUUGCUCCACAUUUGAGGUCUCUAAUGGGUGCAUGGUGGCUAGGUCAGUUCGAUCCAUACACAGAAGUAGCUGAAGCUGCAAGGCGUUCUUUCCAGGCAGCUUUCCCAGUGCAGGAAAAGAGAUUGGAAGCUCUUGCUUUUUGUGAAAAUGAAAUCUUUCUCUACUUGGAUGAGAAUUUUAAACUUACUCCUCAAACAAUUUCUGACAAAACAGCUCCGACAGAAGAAUUAGAAGAAAUGCACCAGCGUGUUGUUUCAUCCUCAAUGCUUGCAUUAGCAUCUCUUCUUGAUGUAUUGCUUGGGCCUCCUUUGCAAAGGACGACUUCCGAAAAUGGAAGUCUUCCUAUUGGCCUUGAUUCAAAGAAUGGUGCAAAGGUGAGAUCUGUAGCUAUUGCAGCAACAGAUAAGAUUUUCCAUACACACAAUUUUUUUCAGGAAUUUCUGAAGUCUCGCAAUUCUAGAGUUCGUUCUGCUGUUUAUCAAGUUUUUGCAAGUUUCCUGAAAUAUAUACCACAAGUUGUCAGUGAAGGGAACAUGAAGAUUUUAGCAGGCGCAAUCCUUGGAUCAUUUCAAGAGAAGGAUCCAAAUUGUCAUUCUUCCAUGUGGGAUAUGCUGCUGUUAUUUAUGAAAAGAUUUCCUGAAGCUUGGAAAAUUGCUCCUGUUCAGAAAAUGAUACUACCUCGAUUCUGGUGUUUUCUUAGACACGGUUGCUAUGGGUCACACCAAACAUCAUAUCCUUGUUUGCUGCUCAUGAUAGUUUCUAUCCCUCCCACAAUAAUCUCAGCAGAACAAUUUUGUAUUGAGUUCUUUCAAAAUCUUUGGGCAGGGAGAUCUACAUUGUCAACUUCACCUGCUGAUCGAGCUGCCCUUUUUGCAGCUAUAAAAGAAUGCCUUGUGUGGCUUUUGAACAAUGCGUCAAGAUUUGUGGAAGGGUCUGGCUGCAUUGAACAAUUUUGUGUCAAACUUGUUGACCAUAUUAUUUUUAGGCUGUUGUGGUGUGAUUACAUUACAUUGGGAAGGCCAAAUGCUGAUAGUGGAGCAGCAAAAGGUACAGAUGAUAACUUAGCUACAAAGAAGAUUCAUAAUCCUAAACAAGUUGUUCAGGAUAAUCUAAAUCUCAAACAUCUGGAGGAUUUCAAACAGGAUUUAGGGAAUUCUAUUAUAGAUAUAUUAUCGAUCAUCUCCAUUAAGGACCCUAGCUUGCUUCAUGUAUUUUGUACCAAGUUCCAAACAGAGUGCUUAAAGAUGAUAGAACAAGGUGGAAGCAGUGCAUUACCUGAGGGUGAUCAGCACAUGAACUAUCUUUCUGAUUUUUUUCUUUUAUUGGGAACACAUUCAAUGAACAAGGGAGAAAAAUGGCCAUUGGUUCACCUUGCAAGACCAUUUGCUGCAAAGUCAUAUCCAGUGAUAAAAUCAAUGGCCUUACCAGCAUCCAUCAAUCUGUUGUCAGUAAUUAUUUCAGUGUUUGGACCAAGUGUGCUGCCUGUUGAAUCUUAUUUUGAUGAAGAAGGUGAAUCCCAUUUGCAAAUGUCUACUUCAUAUGAUCAAGAAUCCAAACCAGAGUUGCUGCUUCAGUUUUUUAAGGCUGAUAUUGCUACAUGGUGUUUACAUGGGAACAAUCUCUCAACCAUUUCUAGGAUAGAUCUCUUGCUUUCUUUCUUGGAGGAUGCAUACUUUCAAAAUGAGUGGGAUUGGGUGGUUGGUUGUGCAGCAGGAAUGGAGAAUGGGUCAGUGGAAAUGGAUUGUAGGUAUUUAAAUAAUGAUCACAUUACUGUGUUGGCUACUCUCAUGGAGAAAGUGAGAUACAAAUUCAUUUGCCGAAAUGUAUCAAAUAAGUCAAGUUGGAAUUCACAAUUUGAAGAUAAGAACUGGCAUUCAGCAAGAUUAGAUACUGUAGCUAUUAGGAUUGCUUGCGAUAAAACUCUGAAAUGCCCUUCACAUGUUUUGCUUUUGAGGUAUAUACUUGGAGGAACAGAACCAGAGGAUACAGUUUCGCUUGUUUCCACAGAAGCCUUGAAUCUUAUCAUGGAGGAAAUAUUGAGGCAACUUGUGGGAGUGCUUAGAGGAUCUCCUAAUGUUUGGGCAAAGCAUGCAGCUUCCUUAAUCCUAUCCAAUGGAAUGGAAGGACAAUUAAAAACAGAUAUAUCAGCAUCAGAGGAAGCAUUGCAGGUAGCUAGCUUUGCUAUACAAGUUCUUGGGGGCAGUUUUUUCUCUCUUAAAAUUUUAGAUGGGUAUUUUCAAGUUGUACCACAUAUUCUAGCUGCUUCUAUUUGUCUAGAUUGGGAAAGAAAAAUGUCCCAAAAAUCUGGUCAAAAGGGCAAUUAUGUGACUAUGUGGGAGCUAGAUGAAGAUGCCAGAAUUAUUGAUGAGGUAGAUACGAGUUCAUAUUCUGAAGGGGAGAGUAUAGAUGAAUUUGCUACUGAACAGGCUGAUGAAGGGGCUGUUCUUGAUGCUGCACAUGAACUGGGGAUUGCUUUUGCGGAAUCAAUGCGGGAUCUUUUGAGCAGAAUUGAAUUCUUUUCUAAAUCUUUCAGUUUGUCAAGUUGUGAACGAUUGCGAUCAUUGUUAAUUGGAUCCAUAAGAUGUUGCAUUUUCGAGGAAGAUAAAUUGGAAGUUGAAAAUGUUGUUGCAUUGUGCACAAAGUGGAUGGUAAAAAUAAUGGACUAUACUUGCAAAGACCAAAAUGAAGAACAGCAGUUGCUGGACUAUUUACUAUUAUCUCAUGAAGCUUGGCCCUUCUGGUCCAAAACAUCUGUUGAUGGAGAAUCAAAGCCUGUCAUCUUGAAGCCUGGAGUUACAUUCAAUGAGACUGAAAAAGUUUUGCAUACAAGGUUUUUAAUGUUUGUAGAGAGGAUUGGUUCCAUUAUUGGUAAAGAUAAAUUGUUUAUUGGUUCGCUGACAAGAACCUCUCAGAUCACAGUGGAGCACAUGAGCAAUCAGAUUUGUAACAAAAAACCAUCGUGUAGAAUUUGGUUGGCAUUAGAGGUUUUGUGCACUUGGAGGUGGCCUGGAGGCAGUGCCAUGGAAUUCCUUUUGCCAUUCUUAUGUGAAUGUGCUAAAAGCGGGCCUGGAUAUCCUGAAUGGAUGAUGGUGAAUUCUAUCAUUGAUAUUUUGUUUUUAGGUGCAUUGAAAAACAAUAUGUCAAGUAGAUUCUAUCCACCAAAUGUUUGGGUUAUCUCUGAUGAUGAAGUGAAUAAAAUUGAGGAACCAUUCUUGCGUGCUUUAAUAAUGUUGUUGAUAGUGCUGUUCAAGGAUGGUAUCAUCUGGAACAGUAGAGAUGCUUCGAGAAUACUGCAAGAUUAUAUUUUGAAGGAGGAGUUUUUGAGCAUAUAUGUAAAUACUUAUGUAAGACUUUUACCACAUAUUUUAAAUGUACUUGCUCCAGUAGUGUGGAAGAGAACUGUGGAUUUGGAGGAUUGCAACAAAGUCCUUCCCAUGGCUGAAAAGAAUGCAAGCAACUUGGAAAAGGCUGUAUGUCAGUGGUUAGAGAGAGCGAAUUCUGGACCACCUCUCAUUUUAUGUCAGAAGGAUCAGUCAGAUGUGGAAGAUUGGGUAAAUGUGGCAAUAUCCUGUUUUCCACUGAGUCCUGUUGGAAGAGUGUGUGCAUUAACCAUGGCAUCUUCGGCUGACAUAAGUAAUGAGAAAAGAAAAUUGCUUUUGAGUUUGUUCCAGAAGCAAGCAUCACAGAAAGCUAUAUCCGAGUAUCGUGCACGUGCAGCUGAGCAUCGAGCUUCAUUGGAAACAUCAUCAGAUGUAGUUACUUAUUGGGAACCAACCACAGAAUUGUGUCUGGCUAAAUUAAUGGCAGUUUCUAUGGCGUAUUGUUGGCAAGAAUUUGGAGAAGAUGACUGGGUUUUUGUGCUUGCUCAGCUGCGAAAGUGGCUAGAUGUAGCUGUUAGCUCCAUGGAAGAUUUGGCAGAGGGUGUUAACAAUGUCGUGAGGAACACUGAUCCUUGUACAAGUUUAGAAAUUGAUGCUACGCUAAAAAGUAUAGAAAAUGUGAUUAAAAGUUCAAAGAUCAGUUCUGUGGAACUUACCGAAAUGGCUGUCUUCAUUUUCUCUCUACUUUUUGGACUUCACAAUUUAGAUGGAGCAGGAUUGAACUCCUUAAAGCUUGUGAAUUGGGAAAGAGCAGAAGCACGAGCAUUUGAAAAUAUACUUCGGCUGUUCUUUGCAACAGGCAUAGCUGAGUCGAUUGCAUCAAGUUCUUGUGCAGGGAAGAAAGCUGGAACCAUUAUAGCACUAUCACGUCAAUGUAAUGCUCAUUUUUGGGAAUGUGUUGCCAAUGUUGUGGUUGAUGCUCCAUCUCGAGCAAAGGAAGCAUCAGUGCAUGCAACUGAGUUGUGGGGUUUGAGUAAAGGAGCAAUAAGUGCUUUAUAUGAGAUUCUUUUUUCAGUUGAUCCUAUUGCAGCUUUGCAAUUGGCAGCAUAUCAUUUUCUUUCAAGCGAUUCAAUUCAACCUCUUGCAGUCACAAAAGGAGUUCUCAGUGCCCGGUUAGGAAAAAGCAUCAUGGAAAGUGAAGAGGCUGGUCAAACUACACACAUGCAUUCAUCUUCAGAUGAAUCAUCUGUCAUUAGGGAAGAGCUUUCUCAUGUUCUCCAGACAUCUUCGUCUGAUCUACUUGGCAGUAAUUUUACUGCACUCAUUCGGGUAAAAUAUCUAUUGGCAUGGUCAUUAUUCUUGACUCGUCUUCAGGCAGUACCUUCGUUAUCAGCAGCAAGAGAAUGCAUGGUACAAUAUGCACAAGAUUCAGGCAGUCCCUCAACAUUGUUAGAUUGCCUAUUUCAACACAUACUAAUUAAGCAAAGCUCAAUAUCUGGCUCAAAGAAAUAUAAUGCAGCAGCAAUUGAGGCAAAUGGCCCUGCAUCUGCAGCGAAACGCUCAGUUGCUACAAGUUCUUUAUAUUUUGCUGUGGAAGCAUUAUGGCCAAUUGAUAUAGAUAAGAUGGCUGCUCUUGCUGGUGCAGUUUAUGGAUUGAUGCUUCGUGUUCUACCUGCAUAUGUCCGUGAUUGGAUUAUCAAUUUACGGGAUCGCCCUGCAGCGAGUUUUAUUGAAGCUUUCACUACCACAUGGUGCAGUCAUCAACUACUUGAUGACGAGUUCUCCAAGAUCCAAGCAGCUGGGAUAACAGAUGAGAGCUUAUCUAUAAGAGCAAAUCGAUCAGCAAGAGAGGUGACUGCAAUCUAUACAAAAGAGGAAGCAGUAAUGGAUGUCGUUAUUCGACUGCCUUUAUGUUACCCUCUACGGCCUGUUGAUAUGGAAUGCACAAGAAAGAUAGGUGUUAAUGAAACAAACUUGCGGAAAUGGAUGCUCUCCAUGACAUCUUUUGUUCGUAAUCAGAAUGGAGCUGUUUCAGAAGCAAUACAAAUAUGGAAACGACAUAUUAACCGUGAAUUUGAAGGCGUGGAAGAGUGCCCAAUCUGUUACAGCAUUGUUCAUUCAGCAAAUCAUAGUCUUCCUCGUCUUGCAUGUAAAACCUGCAAACACAAGUACCAUGCUGCCUGUCUUUACAAAUGGUUCUCAACAUCACUUAAGUCAACUUGUCCAUUGUGCCAAAGUCCAUUCUAAGUUCUUCAGUGAUAGCAAAGUCAUUUAUUCAAUCAAUGGUAUCUCAAAUUCAGUAAAAGUUUACGUUCUUAUAGCUAUGGCUCAAUGCUAAUCCUUCUUGUUCGUAAAGAUGGAUAGUUCAACCGCUUGUGUGGCUGAAUGGUGAACAUUUUUGGUUCACGAUUGUCUCUUAGGAAGAAAAUUGAUAGCGAAAUUGGCUAUCCAAAUAUACACCCACCAAAAACCAUCAUUCUGAUUGUAAAGGAUCUGUGGUUGCAAAUCAGUCGUUUGAUAAUCUUUUGUAAUUUUUUAUUCAGCAUCAUGCCAUUAUAUUAAAAAGUAUCUAUGUACUAAACUGAAUUUCUGAAUUUGAAUUGUAAAAUAAAAUUUCCUUCUUUUUUUUUUA